CGGUAUGCCGCUGGAUGAGGACAAGAUGCUGAGAUUGCUGGACGAGGCAUACGCCAAGGGCGAGACGUUCUGGGAUACCGGUAUGUGGUUCCAGAUGCGAUGCAUGCCGUAGCACAGAGCUCGAGGAGGGUGAAAGGGACAGGAAUGGAAUGAAAUUGCUGACGGCCAUUUCAGCGGAUAAGUACGGUGCGUCCGAAGAGAUCCUCGGGAAAUGGUUCGCGGCGAACCCGGACAAGCGCCAGAAUGUCUUCCUGGCCACCAAAUUCGGGAUUCGCCCCUCCUCCGAGUCGCCGCACGGAUACAAGAUGGACUCGACGCCCGAGUACUGCCGCCAGUCGCUGGAACGAUCGCUGAAACGCCUGGACCUGCCCUACGUGGACCUGUACUAUGUCCAUCGCUUGGAUAAGAUCACCCCCAUCGAGAAGACAAUGGAAGCCCUGGUGCAGUUGAAGCAGGAGGGGAAGAUCAGGUUUAUCGGGCUGAGCGAGUGCAGUGCCGAGUCGCUGCGCCGGGCGCAUGCCGUGCACCCCGUCACCUGUGUGCAGGUGGAAUACAGUCUGUUCUGCCUGGCCAUCGAGUCGCCCGCGAUUCGACUCCUGGAGACCGCACGGGAGUUGGGGGUGGGGAUCGUGGCGUACAGCCCGCUCGGAAAUGGGCUGUUGGGCGGCAGUCUGCGUUCCCGCCAGGAUGUCAGUCGGCCCGGCGAUUCGCGGGGAGUCUUGCCGUGGCUGCAUGAGAAGAACAUCGUCAAGAACCUGACGGUGGUGGACAGAAUCGCCGACAUUGCCAAACAGAAGGGGGUCACUACCGCGCAACUGGCGCUGGCCUGGAUCUUCGCGCAGGGCGACGACAUUUUCGCGAUUCCCGGAACCACGAGACCCGAGCGCUUGGACGAGAACCUGGGAAGCGUCUCAAUACCUGUGUCGGGGGAUGAGGACAGCUCACUUCGGCUGUUGGCUAAGGAGGUUGCUGGGAUUCGGUUUCAGGCGCUGACAGGAUAUGACUUUGCGAAUACUCCGCCGUUGGAGCCCUUCUCGUCUGCAAAGAGAAACCAGAGUACAUACGAGAUCAAUCAGUCUGUAUUGGCUUAUAAGAAUUAAUUCAGGUGUG